CUUUAGUACAAAUGAGAUGUCAACAUGUCGUCGUCGCUUUCUUUUUCCUCUUGAUAUUUAUUAUUUUUAUUUGUAUAAAAAAGUGACAUGUUUGACUUAAAUUUAUUGUCUCGAAAAUUUUUGUAAUUAUGUCAACUUCACAAGGUUUUGGUUCUUUGUGUGAAAUUAUUCAUUUGAACGUCGGUGGAACAAGAUUUUCGACAUCACGUCAAACUCUAUCGUGGAUUCCGGAUUCAUUUUUCACCGCUCUGUUGAGCAACAGGAUCGCGAGUCGUCGAGACGAGAAUGGAGCACUUUUCAUUGAUCGCGAUCCAAAAGUAUUUUCAAUUAUACUCAAUUAUUUAAGAACAAAGGACAUUGACUUGAAAAAUAUUGAUAUUCGUGCAUUGAGACACGAGGCAGAAUAUUAUGGUAUUACUCCUCUCGUCAAGAGAUUAAUGCUCUGCGAAGAUUUGUCGCAAUCCUCCUGUGGUGAUGUUUUAUUUUAUGGCUAUUUGCCACCUCCAAAUGUUCCUCUACAAGAGCCAGCAAGCGUUUCAGCGAGCAUAAGUGAUGUUUCUAUUCAUGGGAGACCUGCAGGUGCUCCUCAAGUUCCUCGGACGGAAGCUGCGACUUCCACGACAGCUGCAGCUCCACAAUCCUCGGGAUCGUCCUCUAAUUCUUCUAAUCAGCCCAGCAACUCCAACAAUCAACAAAAUCACAGAGCGUCGUUACCAACUCAUGCUCGGAAUUCGUCACUGGAUUAUCGGGUUUCCAGAGGUGUUCCACAUUCACGAACGCCUUCGCUUGACCUUCGACAUGCUCGGAACAGUUCUGCAGAUUUGAACAAGGUUUUCAAGAACGAUAUCAGCCUUGUCUUUGGGCCUCAACAAGUUUCAGGUUGGGUUGAUCCUUUACGUGUACAAAUAAUAAAGGCGCAUCACAAUUGGAUUGUGAUUGCGUACGCUCAUUUUAUCACUUGUUAUCGCCUCAAGGAUUCUUCAGGCUGGCAGCAUGCAUUCACCAGUCCUCAUAUUGAAUUUAUCAUCGAACGUGUGGCAAUUAAUGCAAAAAUUAGUGGCGCCGAUGGAAAAAUGGUGGCAAUUUCGUUUGGCAGUCAAGUGCGUCUUUGGAGUGUGUCAGAGGGUGGAAUUAAAACGAACGUUGGCACAUUCAAUUUAAAUGUGCGCGUUGAAUAUCUUUUCUUUAUUGGCAGCCAAUUGGUGGCACUAUCGCCAACUGGAAAAAUUGGCGUUUGGCACGCAAUGACACAUCAUUGGCAAAUUCAAGAUGUCGUGCCAAUAUCGUCCUUCGACACGGCUGGUUCUUUUCUUCUUUUGGGCUGUAAUAAUGGCUCUAUUUAUUAUAUUGAUAUGCAAAAAUUUCCCCUGAGAAUGAAAGACAACGAUUUAUUGGUCACGGAAUUGUACAGAGAUCCGAGUCACGAUCCAAUCACGGCAAUUUCGGUGUAUCUCACCCCAAAAACAACGCAAGGUUUGUGUGGAAAUUGGAUCGAAAUUGCUUACGGAACAAAAUCUGGAAGUGUAAGAGUAAUCGUUCAGCAUCCGGAAACCGUGGGACAUGGACCACAACUUUUUCAAACUUUCACGGUCCAUCAAAGCAGCGUUACCAAGGUAACUCUGUCCGAAAAAUAUUUAGUGUCCGUUUGCUCGGAAUAUAAUCACGUACGAAGUUGGGCAGUGACAAGAUUUCGUGGUAUGAUUUCAACUCAACCCGGUUCCAUGCCCGAAGCAAGUUUCAAAAUCGUUUCUUUGGACGCCAUCGAUCCCUGCAUUAGUUACAAUGCUGGCAAUGAUUUCGGUCCAUUUGGUGAGCAAGAUGACGAGCAGGUUUUCGUCCAGAAAGUUGUUCCCGAAACGGAUCAAUUGUUCGUACGAUUGGCAUCUAAUGGAAAAAGAGUCUGUGUGAUACAAUCGGUGGAUGGGAGUGUGAUAUCUUCUUUUUGCGUUCACGAAUGUGAAGGUUCCAGUCGAAUGGGCUCCAGGCCACGACGAUUUAUUUUCACCGGUCAUUCUAACGGCGCUAUUCAAAUGUGGGACCUUACAACCGCCCUCGAUCCCUCUUUCAAUGCCGUUCCCGAUAAAGAAUUUUCGGGCGGACCAACACCAGAGGAGUUGUGGAAACUUUUGGAUCAGUGCGAUUUAAGUAACAGCUAUUGUUCCACCCCGUGCAUUAGUCCCUGUCCAUCGAUGGCGGCAACUGGACCGAGAAUUAAGGCAAGCAACGUUUUAUUUCUCAAUCAAUCUCAAAAUGUUGAACCUUCUCCGAGUCUGAGUCAAACUUAGAAUGAAAUUCACAAUCAAUGAAAGAAAUUCUCAAUUUAUUUUCUUUAUUACCACUUGAAAAAUUGCUCACGAUCUGAAUUUUUAGUAUUUUAAGAUUAUUAAAUUUUUUGCAUUUAUUAGCAAAUAAUUUUCUAUUUACUAGAAUAUUUUUUUCAGUUUUUUCAGUAUUUAUUGUUUCUCUUUUUGAGUCGAAAGUUACUGAGAGAUUAUUUUCUUAAAAGUAAAUAUUUUAUUAAUAAUUAUUAACUGUAGUAAAUUGAUAUUUUUUCGUUAAUAGUAUUAUUGUAUGAUGGUAAUAAUUAAGACAAGAAAAAUUAUAAUAAUGUAAUAAUUACAUUACGUAUUGAUUAUAAUUAUAUUAGUUAUAUUUUUGUACAAUAGUAUUAUUAACAGAUAGUUAAUUGUUUUUGUAUAUAUUUUUAGUUCUUUCGACAUUGAAUUUUUUCUAUUUAUUCCUCUAGAGUUUCAAUGAUUUAAUAAUUAGUUGUUCGUUGAUUUCAAUACUUAAUUAAUUAGUUGUAAAAUUAUUAGAUAUUAUUAUUUUGUAAAUUCAAGCAAAAAUGAGAAAAAAAGAUUGAUAUUAAUAAGAGAAGAGAAAAUAUUUAUCUCGAAAAAAAAUUCUUUGUCCAAAUUUUAUGUCUUUGAGACCAGGAAAAAUUAGUCGAAUUUAUAAUUAUAAUUGUAAAGUGCAAUUUAUGGUUUUCUGUUGAGAAUGAAUGGAAACUGUUAAUUUUAUAUUUUCUUUAUUCGCAUUUUAAUAAUUUUAUUUAGAACUUUUUUACGGCAUUUUCUAAUGAAAUAAUUAAAUUUCCCUUCUUUUUUUUGUAAGGGGUUAAGGAAGGUUCUAUUAAUUUUAUUUAUUAAAUGUGAUUUUUUGAUGGGGGGGGGGGAUUUAAAAUAUGAGAAAAAAAAUUAAUAAUUCUUCUGGUGAUAAUAAUUAGGGAAGAAAAAUGAAACAGUUGUUAUUUGUAAGAACUCUUAUAUUUUUGUUACGUUCGAAUGUGUGAUUAUAAAUAUUUUAAAUCGUAACGACGUUGUAAUAACUGUUUUUCUCUGUGAUCUGAAUUAUUAUCAAUAAAUGCGCAGAUUCUUAAGAGUUAAAAAUUAA